AUGUAAAAAAAAUUAAAGAGCCCUUUUCUGUUUCAAGCUCUUCUAGCCAUGGCGUGAGUCUUGCCCCCCCCUUUUCUUUCAUUGUCCCUCUUUUCGAAAACACAGCUGGGAAAAUUAAAAUGUUUCAAAAAGAAACAAAACACUAUACAUUGUGUUGAGAAGGUUAAAUCCCGAAGAAAUUGAGUCUCCUUAAGCAUCGGAUAUGUCGGAUAUUAGGAAAUGGUUUAUGAAAGCGCAUGAUAAAGGCAAAGGCAAUGCCUCAAAGCCGGCAAACCCGGCACCAACCAAUACAGAUUCUGUACCUGGAGGCCGAGAAAAUUCUGGCAGAAGGAAAACUAGCAAGUAUUUUCCUGCAGGAAAACAACAGCCAAAGGGUGAACAAGGAACGGAGGAACUUCCAGCCAAGAGAAAAGUUCAAAAUGAAAAUGAAAGUGUUGAAAAACCCCCACCUUCGAAGAAACCAAGCAAAGUUGGUAUUGAUGAUGACUUUGUUUUGCCCAAAUCAAGGAAUACUGUUGAUGUCACUCCCAGUAAGAAACGGAAGAGUGGUUCAGGAAGGGGUGUUGCACAAAAAGCUGAAGAUAAUGAUGAAAGUGAUGAAGAUGAUGCUAAGGACUUGGAGUCUCCUGUAAAGUCUGGUGGAAGGGGGGGUCGUGGUGGCACGGGUGCAUCAGUGGCACCAGCUAGUGGAAGGGGCAGAGGCCGUGGACGAGGUGGAUUUAUGAAUUUUGGAGAAAGGAAAGAUCCUCCUCAUAAAGGAGAGAAGGAAGUCCCUGAAGGUGCUCCUGAUUGCUUAGCUGGUCUAACUUUUGUAAUUAGUGGAACGCUUGACAGUUUAGAAAGAGAGGAAGCAGAGGACUUGAUCAAACGCCAUGGUGGUCGUAUUACUACAGCCGUCAGCAAAAAAACGAAUUAUCUUUUAUGUGAUGAAGAUAUUGAGGGUCGAAAGUCCUCUAAAGCCAAAGAGCUUGGCAUUCCUUUUCUCACUGAGGAUGGAUUGUUUGACAUGAUCCGUGCUUCAAAUUGCGGAAAAGCUCAUUCAAAAGAAGAGUCAAAAAAAUCUGCAGAAAGCUUUGCUGCAUCUCUACCUAAGAAGAGCCCCCAGAAAAUGGAAGUGAAGAGCAACUCUUCAUCAGCAAAGAUAUCUGGUAAAAGUUUGACUACAAGUGUCUCAUCCACGAAGCAGAGAGGGCAACCAAUCCAGCAUUCAUCUCUGACAUGGACUGAAAAAUAUAGGCCAAAAGUUCCAAAUGAAAUGACUGGGAAUCAAUCAUUGGUUAACCAACUUCACAAUUGGUUGGCACAUUGGAAUGAGCAAUUUCUUGGAACUGGAAGUAAGGGAAAGGGCAAAAAGCAAAAUGAUCCUGGUGCCAAAAAAGCUGUCCUAUUGAGUGGAACACCUGGCAUUGGGAAAACUACAUCAGCAAAGUUGGUUAGUCAGAUGCUAGGUUUCCAGACCAUUGAGGUAAAUGCUAGUGAUAGUCGUGGGAAGGCUGAUGCCAAAAUUUCUAAAGGAAUUGGUGGAAGCAAUGCAAAUUCAAUAAAGGAACUUGUUAGCAAUGAAGCCUUGAGUGUUAACAUGGAUCGUUCAAAACAUGUAAAGACUGUCCUGAUCAUGGAUGAGGUGGAUGGCAUGUCUGCUGGUGAUAGAGGUGGAAUAGCUGAUCUUAUUGCCAGCAUAAAAAUUUCCAAAAUCCCAAUCAUUUGCAUCUGUAAUGACCGAUACAGUCAGAAACUGAAGAGUCUUGUGAACUAUUGCUUGCUUCUCAGUUUCCGUAAACCCACAAAACAACAGAUGGCCAAGAGGUUGAUGCAAGUUGCAAAUGCAGAAGGUCUUCAAGUUAACGAGAUUGCUCUUCAGGAACUUGCAGAAAGAGUGAAUGGAGAUAUGCGCAUGGCCCUUAAUCAGCUGCAGUACAUGAGUCUGUCUAUGUCAGUCAUUAAGUAUGAUGAUAUAAGGCAGCGCCUUCUUAGCGGUUCCAAGGAUGAAGACAUUUCACCUUUCACAGCUGUUGAUAAGCUUUUUGGCAUUUAUGGGGGAAAGUUGAGAAUGGACCAGCGAAUUGACCUGAGCAUGAGUGAUCCUGAUCUAGUUCCACUUCUUAUUCAGGAAAAUUAUAUCAAUUAUAGGCCGAGUUCAAUUGGUAAAGAUGACAGUGGGAUGAAACGUAUGAACUUAAUUGCCCAAGCUGCUGAGUCUAUUGGUGAUGGUGAUAUAAUCAAUGUGCAGAUUCGAAGAUAUCGACAGUGGCAGCUUUCGCAAGCUGGUUCCCUCUCAUCAUGCAUCAUUCCUGCUGCAUUGUUACAUGGACAAAGGGAGACACUUGAACAGGGAGAACGGAAUUUUAAUAGAUUCGGCGGGUGGCUAGGGAAGAAUUCAACUAUGAGUAAAAAUUAUAGGCUUUUGGAGGAUUUGCAUGUUCAUAUUCUUGCUUCUCGUGAAUCUAGUUCAGGAAGAGAGACUCUUCGACUUGAUUACCUUACAGUUCUUCUGACACAAUUGACUAAUCCGCUUCGAGACAAGCCUAAGGAUGAAGCUGUUAAGCAGGUUGUUGAGUUUAUGAAUGCUUACUCAAUAAGCCAGGAGGAUUUUGAUACGGUUGUUGAGUUAUCUAAAUUCCAGGGGCAAUCAAAUCCACUGGAAGGCAUUCCAGCAGCUGUCAAAGCAGCUCUGACAAAAGCAUACAAUGAAGGAAGCAAGACACAAAUGGUACGAGCUGCGGAUUUAGUAACUCUUCCUGGAAUGAAAAAGGCCCCUAAGAAGCGAAUUGCUGCAAUACUAGAACCAUCAGAUGAUGUAUUAGGGGAGGAGAAUGGUGACACAUUGCCUGAAAGUGAAGAGAAGUCUUCAGACACAGAGGACUUGGAAGGAACUACCGAUGGUGAGACGCUGCGGGCAGAACUUCAGAGUCUGAACUCCAAAGGAAUUGAAGUACAAAUGGAGUUGAAAGGGACAGGGAAUUCAAGUGCUAAGAAGGCACCAGCUGGUAGAGGAAGAGGUGGUAAGGGUGCUUCAGGAUCUGCUGAAAAGAAAGGUGGGCGUGGUUCAGGGGCAGGAGCAAAGAGAAAAAGAUGAGAAGCGAGUAUAGGGUGGACAUUCUACAAUUUUGGCGUUGUUUAUAUAACCAGUGUAAGGAGCAUGUCACUCCACAACUUAUAACUCUUUUAGGAUGGUGAGUGAGGAUUGUAGUUGGAUUCCUUGGUGUAAGUAGCGUAGAGGAUAUCAUUCCCAUGAUUGAUGCAUAACAAUCUUGGGCAUUUUGAGUAUGUUAUGGGAAUGCUGAGUUGCCCAUUAAACCUUCCCUUUGGAUGAAGCCUAGUCCUAUUGCAUGCCAAUUAUUCUGGUGUUAUUUGC